CAACUCUGAGUUGCCAUGGCGACGUGAAAACAAAAGGCAAGUUAUCGUCCUCCGAGUGAAACGGAGGAUUAGAAAGCAGGAGAAAUGACGGAGAGGUGAAAGGGCGGCACCAGAGCCAGGCGACAAAGAAGGGAAGCAGAAAAGCAGCUAAUGAGCGAUGACAGGAGGAGGGGAAAGAAGGAGGAGAGAGCCGUGAAUAAGGGAUGAGUACGAACCAGAACCCAACCGUCUGGACCAGAUUUGUCUCGACCCUGAACGGCACACUUGUCCUUUUUUGUGCUGCUUUGUCCCACAACCUUACAUGGAAUAUAUUUGGAAAAAAAUAAAAAUAAAGAGCAGACAAAUAGAAACAGAUUAUCUCCAAACAACAAAUCAAUCUGUAAGCUCCUAGUUCAUGUUGAAUCAGUUAGACAUAUUUGUGCUUUCAUUAUAAGGUUCUGCUAUCAACAGAUCCUAGUUUGGUUUUGAGAACACCAAGCAACUUCUGUAAGUACUUUCUCCAGUCAGUUCAAGGAUUUCCCAGCAGAGUUCAGGAUGGUUUCUGGAGUUCAGGAUGUUGACUCAGCAAAAGGUUUCACAGUGAAACCAGGGAAGACCAUGUUCCUCUCACCGCUGCUUGUCUGGUGUUUCCUGUUUGUCUCUCAUGUUGGCGGCGUACGCAGCUUCACGCCUCGGCCUCUCCAGUCAGAGGUGACGUUAUCUGAACUCCCCAGCACCAGUCGUCCUACAAACGCAGAGACGCACAUGUGGCAAGAGACCGUGAAUGAACCGUCUGUCUUGUUGGACUCCGAAGCAGAAAACCUGAAGGCUGAGAACAAACUGAGGGCCAAACAUGUUAGAAAACUUGCAAGUUUCCACAACUCUUCUCACCUUAAGCCGCCAGUCCGCCCUAAGUGCACCCAGGAAAUGUCAAUAAGAGCCAUCUUCAAGUACAUCAACACGGCGUUCUCCUUCCUGAUCUUUGCUGUGGGGAUCAUCGGCAACGUCACCCUGUUGAGGAUUAUCUGCCAAAAUAAAAGCAUGAGGAACGGACCCAACGCUCUGAUAGCCAGCCUCGCCAUGGGAGACAUACUAUACAUCGUCAUAGACGGCCCAAUCAAUGUCUACAAGCUCCUGGCAAUGAAGUUCCCAUUCGCCGACCAACCGCUUGGUCAGUUCCUCUGUAAGUUGUUACCGUUCAUACAGAAGACUUCAGUCGGCAUCACCGUCCUCAACCUGAUUGCUCUCAGUGUGGACAGGUAUCGUGCGGUGGUGUCCUGGUCUCGGAUUCAGUGCAACGGCAUCCCCAAGGAAACGAUGGUGCAGAUCGCCGUGAUCUGGAUGCUGUCUGCCUUACUGGCCGUGCCGGAGGCCAUCGGCUUCAACCUGCACCGCUUCCAUAUCAACAACGUUACCAUUAGUACCUGCCUAGUGAGACCCGAGAACUCCUUCUUGAAAUACUACAUCAGCUUCAAGGAUUGGUGGAUAUUUGGCUUCUACUUCUGCAUCCCUCUGACCUGCUCGGCGAUUUUCUACGGCCUCAUGAGUCACGAGUUGCUCCGGCACGAGAAGGGCGAUCUAAAGCGGUCACUGGGUGAACAGCUGAAGCAGCGCCGCGAAGUGGCCAAGUCUGUCUUCUGCCUGGUGGUGAUCUUUGCCCUCUGCUGGUUUCCUCUUCACUUCAGUAAGUUGCUGAAGUUGACGAUCUACGACCCCAACGACCCCGGCCGCUGUGAAUUACUGAACAUACUGCUGGUGCUCGACUACUUCAGCAUCAACUUGGCGACCGUCAACUCCUGCAUCAACCCCAUCAUCCUCUUCUUUGUCUCCAGGAAGUACAGGCACUAUUUCACGAAGAUGCUGUUUUGCUGCUGGUACUCUCGGCCUUACUCCAGCACCCUGCCGACUCUCCAACGUGGGACCAGUCAGCAUUUAAAAAACAGCGACCACUGAAGGACUCGCCUCCACAGAAAUGUUUUCACAUAUGACUCAGAAAGUUAUGAUGGAUCUUAUUUGAGCUCCUCCAGUUUUGGGGAAACAGUUAAGACGUCGGGAAAAGUAGAUAUUUUAGAUAGUAUUUGAGCAGUUUUUCCCAGAAAGGAGAUGAAAAACUGAGUUUAGAUGAUUAACUUUAACCUCAUCCACCUUGUUUGAGAACCUAAAAGUGCAAUUCACAAUAAUAUUUAAAUGAAAUAGAUGAUAUUACUGGUUCUCAUGAAGAAGGUGUAAGGAAGAGGUCGUGGAUAAAACUAAUGUUCAACAACGCCAUCUAGUUAAACCAGGAAUACUAAAAAUUACACUUGUAUUUAAAAGAUAAGCAAAUAUUUUACCAUAAAAUAAUAAAAGAUACCCAGAGUAAAAAGGCUAAAAUGUCCAGCAGUUUUGACAGUAAAAGUUCACUGGAGCCACUGUAUUCAUGCUUCCUUGUAACAUGAUGGAUUAAAACGUUUUAUUUUAUUUUUACGUCUUUUCUGAUCAUGGCCUCUGUAAACAGGAAGAUGUUAUUUUCAAAACAAGACUGCAGCUUCAAGCAGAGUGUACAUACAUACAACCUCCAUUUUUACUCGACAGCAUAUAUUACUUAUUUAUCACUGAGCUUCUUUUAAACAGCUGAGAUAAAUUUCACCUCCAUGUCCAAAGGGAAACUCCUGAUGCCACAAACUAAAAUGUUUUACUCAUCGAUAGGCUAAUGAUUUGAUAUGAAAAAUGAGUAAAAUGUGACAUGAAAUCUGAUUAAUUGUAAGGAUAAUUAAUUAGUAAAAUAAAUUGUAUCAAAAAUAUUCAGAGUGAGGCUAUGUUGCUGCAAUAUAAUAUUGAUAUAAAAUUAAUUUGACCCGAUUGAAGAACUGUGCGGACAGUUAAGGUUCUUGUUUGUCUUUGUCAGUCAGAACCAGCCGGCUUCCCUUAGAUCUGAACCACUAAUCAAGACGUAGUUCCUGUAGGAGGAAGUGAAAAUCCCAGAGAUGAUUUCUGCAGAGUUUACCUCAUUAACACGGACAGGAUGGACGUAAAGGUUUCUACAUACACUGCAUGAGACUGUGGGUGAAGUCAUGGGAAAGUUAGAGAUUAAAUCUGUUUUGCUUUUGGUCCCAAAACAACAACAGUUUCUCUCUUAACAGAAACGCUGUGGCUCUGAAAAAGAAUUAAAGCAGGAAUAUAAAUAAAAAUCAGAUUUUUUUACUCGAUCUGCUUAUUUACCUUGUUUAAAAUAUUUAAAACUCCAAUAAGUUUGUGAAGAUACAAGGAAAAGACGCGUAACUUGUCCUUUAGCGGCCUCUGGGGGCUGAAGUUUGUAUUACACCCAUUUUAUUUAAUCUUUUCAUUCUAAACAUAAUGAUGUAUAAAGUCAGAUGUGAGGCUUUAAGAAGCCAUUUUAAUGUGUUUGUUUUUAUUUCUGUUUGUUUGUUGUUUUUAUUAGAUGUUGUGUUUAUCAAUAAAGUUACAUAACCCUUAAAGUA